AUGUCGCAAGUCGUAACAGAAACCGAGGCGAACAAUCCGCUGGUUAUCAGAUUGCAGAAUGGCCAGGUCCUUCACGUGAAAUCCAAUGAGGCGACGGAUGCAGAUGAAAUCCCUGUCAUCGACGUGGACGGCAUCUAUAGUGAGAAGCUGGAAGACCGGCAAGCUGUGGCCGAUAAGAUUCGUGAAGCUGCUCAUCGUAUUGGGUUCUUCUAUGUGGUCAACCAUCGAUUUGAUCCCAAAUUGGCAGAAGACGUUUUUGAGCAAGCGAAGCGUUUCUUCGCCUUGCCGCUGGAGAAUAAGCUCGAGGUGGACACCAACCUUGUACCCAAGGAAUACGUGGGAUAUCAUGCCAUGUCUAGUUAUAACAGGAAUGGAAGAAAACAUAAAGACCUCAGUGAAGCUUUCAAUCUGGCUUACUCGGCUGAGCAAGAUCCCGAAAACCCAGAGAACGAUGCAGGAACGUCAAUAUGGCCGAGCGAUCUACCCGGCUUCAGAGAAGGGUUAUAUGCUUACCACACUCCCAUGCUGUCGUUUGCGCGCAAGAUGACCCGGAUAUUUGCGCUGGCACUCCACCUUCCAGAAACAUAUUUUGACGAAUGGGCCAAGACGCCUGAGGCUGGCAUGCGCAUCCUCCAUUACCCGGAACAGGAGGCAACUGUUGACGACCAGAAUGGUAUUGGAGCUCAUACGGAUUUCGAGUGCUUCACCAUCGUCAACCAAGACAUGUCCGGAGGACUUGAAGUGUUGAGCAAAUCAGGCCGAUGGAUCCGAGCGAACCCAGUACCAAAUUCGUUUGUGAUCAAUAUCGCAGAUUGCUUCAUGCGCCAGACCAACGACUAUUUUGUGUCGACUGUCCACCGAGUAAUCAACAAGAGUGGUCAUGAGAGGUAUUCGAUUCCGUUCUUCUAUGGACUGGACAGAAGGAUGAUCAUGGAGCCUAUCCCAUCAUGUAUAUCCGAGGACAAUCCAUCCAAAUACCCGGUGAUGACGGCUGGGGAGUAUUAUUUGUGGAGGGCAAAGAAGGCGAAGCAGGGUGAUAAAGGCGAUGAAUAG